CCCUCUCGCUGCUUGGUCCACUUUGCCGCAGCCCUACGCUGCAACCACCCCCCACACACGCACCCACGCACACACACACACGCUCGCACGCGACCUUGAAAUUGGCCCUCCUCCCCACGGAUUCAUCCAUAUUCCUGCAUCAUGUCUGGCUUCAUCCACAAGCUCAAUGGCGCCGUCGCCAGCUCCAUUGUCGGCAAGUACUUCCGCCUCGAGGGGUCCGGCCAUCCCAAGGAGCGCAAGGGAAGCUACUUCACGACCGAGUUCCGCGCUGGUCUGGCUACCUUCUUUGCCAUGGCCUACAUCAUCUCUGUCAACUCAUCCAUCGUGUCCGACAGUGGUGGCACAUGCGUCUGCCCUGGACUUCCUAAUGACCCCAUCUGUGAGACCAACGCCGAGUACGCGCUGUGCGUCCAGGAGAUUAAGCGCGAUCUUGUCACCGCGACAGCUGCCAUUUCCGCUUUGACUUCCUUCUGCAUGGGCUUGUUCGCCAACAUGCCCAUUGCCCUAGCCCCUGGAAUGGGCCUGAACGCCUACUUUGCCUACACUGUCGUUGGUUUCCAUGGCACAGGAAUGGUACCCUACCAGGUUGCACUCACUGCCGUCUUUGUCGAGGGUUUCGUUUUUGUUGGUCUUACUAUGCUUGGUAUUCGGCAAUGGCUUGCAAGGGCUAUCCCCGCAAGUAUCAAACUCGCUACUGGUGUCGGCAUUGGACUUUACCUCACCAUCAUCGGUCUCGCAUACUCUGCUGGUAUCGGUCUCAUCACUGGCGCCACGUCAACCCCCCUCGAAUUGGCCGGUUGUAUUGCCUCGGAACAAGUCAAUGGCGUUUGCCCAGGAAGCACCAAGAUGAGGAGCCCAACCAUGUGGAUUGGCAUCUUCUGCGGCGGUAUCCUUACUGUCAUGCUGAUGCUCUACCGCGUCAAGGGCGCCAUCAUUAUCGGUAUCCUCCUGGUUUCCAUCAUUUCCUGGCCCCGCCCGACCAGUGUGACCUACUUCCCGCACACCCCGACGGGUGACUCUGCGUUUGAGUUCUUCAAGCAGGUGGUUACGUUCCACCCGAUUAAAAGGAUCUUGGCUGUUCAGGAGUGGGACGUCUCGGCACAUGCCGGUCAAUGGGGUCUCGCGUUCAUUACCUUCCUCUAUGUCGAUAUCCUCGAUUGCACCGGUACCCUCUACUCCAUGGCUCGCUUCUGUGGCGCCAUCGAUGAGCGCACUCAGGAUUUCGAAAACUCGUCCAUCGCAUACUCUGUCGACGCUAUUGGUAUCUCGAUUGGCUCGCUCAUGGGCUGCCCUCCCGUCACUGCGUACAUUGAGUCGGGUGCUGGUAUUUCCGAGGGAGGCAAGACUGGACUUACUGCCAUGUUUACGGGUUUCUGCUUCUUCAUAGCCAUCUUCUUCGCGCCCAUCUUUGCCUCGAUUCCGCCCUGGGCCACUGGCUGCACGCUCGUCAUUGUCGGUUCGCUCAUGGCUACUUCGGCCAAGGACAUCAACUGGCGUUACCUGGGCGAUUCCAUCCCUGCUUUCCUCACCAUUGCAGUCAUGCCCUUUACCUACUCUAUCGCCUAUGGCCUGAUUGCCGGUAUCUGCUCCUACCUCCUCAUCAACACUACGGUCUGGCUCAUUGAGAUUGCAUCUGGCGGUCGUAUUGUCCCACCAAACAAGGAUGAGAAGGAGCACUGGACAUGGCGCUUGGAGGGAGGUUUCUUGCCUCCAUGGGUGCGGAGGCUCGCCGGUGGAAAGUUGGGCUUGAGCAAGAACAGCCCAGAGACGGUGGGCGUUGCGGAGCCCCGCAGUGCCGGCAGCUCUGCUCAUGGCGACAAGGAGUUUGUCACUGACAAGCAGAUGUAACUGGAUUUGUUUUUUGUUUUAGCGCCAGGGCUGCCUUUUUACAGCUGAAGUUGACAAUGUUUCCAAGUUUGUGUAUUUUAUAGCGACAUUGGCAUCUCGGUUACGUAUAGAGGCACGACACGGAAGCCGGCAGCCCAGGACACCGACAUGUGUUCUUCGAUUAUACCCUCACUUGUACCUGCUACUGAAUCAGAA